UCUGUUACUUCAUUUUCUCUACCUUUUUUUCUUUUAGAUUCCAUUCAUCUUCAAAGGUUUCUUAUACAUUCUCUCUGCUCAAAACUCUUUUUCUUUUCAAUACUUGUAAAGAACAAAAGAGCUUUCUUCUUCUCUUUCAUUGUUUACCUUUGCCGCAGCAUUGCAGCUUCGAUAACUAAAUGGGUAGACAUUCUUGCUGUUACAAACAAAAGCUGAGAAAAGGGCUUUGGUCUCCUGAAGAAGACGAGAAGCUUCUCAACCACAUCACUAAUCACGGCCAUGGCUGCUGGAGCUCUGUUCCUAAACUCGCUGGUUUACAGAGAUGCGGUAAGAGUUGUAGACUAAGAUGGAUCAAUUACUUGAGACCUGAUUUAAAGAGAGGUGCUUUCUCUCCAGAGGAAGAGAAUCUCAUUGUCGAACUUCACGCUGCCCUCGGAAAUAGAUGGUCACAAAUUGCGUCAAGGCUUCCGGGUAGAACCGACAACGAGAUCAAGAAUCUAUGGAACUCAAGCAUCAAGAAGAAACUAAAACAGAGAGGUAUUGACCCAAACACACACAAACCCAUCUCCGAAGUUGAGAGCUUUAGCGACAGAGACAAACCAACAACUACAAGCAACAACAAAAGAAUCGGUAACGACCACAAGUCUCCUAGUUCCUCCUCUGCAACUAACCAAGACUUCUUCCUCGAAAGGCCAUCUGAUUUCUCCGACUUCUUCGGUUUUCAGAAGCUUAACUUCAACUCCAGUCUCGGCCUCUCUGUUACGACUGAUUCUUCACUCUGUUCGAUGAUUCCGCCGCAGUUUAGCUCCGGAAACAUGGUUGUUGGCUCUGUCUUUCAGACGCCGGUAUGCGUAAAGCCCUCGAUUAGUCUCCCCCAGGACAAUAGUUCGAGUCCUGUCUCCGGAGGAGAACAUGUGAAAUCGGCUGCACCAAAUUGGGAAUUUCAAACAAACAACAACACUGCAAAUUUCUUCGACAACGGCGGUUUCUCAUGGUCAAUCCCAAACUCUUCUUCUACUGUAUCUUCACAAGUCAAACCAAAUCAUAACUUGGAAGAAAUAAAAUGGUCAGAGUAUUUGAACACACCGUUCUUCAUAGGGAGCACUGUACAGAGUCAAAGCACUCAACCAAUCUACAUUAAAUCAGAGACAGAUUACUUAGCCAGUGUUUCGAACAUGACAGAUCCUUGGAGCCAAAGCCAAAACGAGAACUUGGUCACAGCUGAAGCUAGUGACGUGUUUUCCAAGGAUCUUCAGAGAAUGGCAGUCUCUUUUGGUCAGUCCCUUUAGCUUCUUUUUUUUUUUUUUUUCUUAAUUCUAACAGAUGUAGAGAACAAAAAGAUAUACAAUACAUACAAUACGUACAGUGGAUUUUAAGUGUUCUGUAUAUUUUCAUGGGUAAAAAAAGAAAGAAAAAGCGAGCUGUCUUUAUUUCUAUGUUUAUGUUUGAACUUUGAAGUGUGUUUUAUACGUCAAAUAUUCUUCUUUCUUUUGCAAACCUUUCGGUAUCAUCA